AAAUAAAGACAAUGUUAAACCUUUUUUGUGUUGGACAUAAUAGUUUUCUUUAUUUAAAAUGAAGCCUGGUCAACAAGGCCCCAAUCAAGGCCCAGCCCCUAUCUGGCCACAGCGUCCUGUCCCUGACCCCGACCCUAGGGCAGGCCCCGUGGUCCACCCCCAUCUGGGAGCAGAAAGGCCUGGUGGCAGCCCCCCACCCUGCUGUGGCAUGAGUAGCAGAAGAGGCCACAAUCCAGCUGCAGCCAACAGAGGGAUAUGGAAAGCGUCUCAGCCCCCUGGUUAUUAUUUAUUAAAUGAUUUGUACUACAGGUUCACUAAAGUACAAAACAAGGACCCUGCUAAAGGUCCUCUAGUGAGUUUAUUCACAUUAGAAUGUCUUGGUUGCCUGUUACCUGUGUGGUGGUGGUUGUAUUUUCUUAUUUAAUGUUUUUAAUUGGAUGAAAAUAACGAGAGAGAGAAAAAUUAAGGAUUUUAAAAUACUCUCUUUUUUUCAGAACAUUAGUACUGGAAUGGCUAUAGCUGGAGUCAUUUUAUUUGCAAAAAGUAUUAAAUUGACAACAAAAUUUACAAGUGCUGUGGAUAUACCAAUAGAAUUUAUAGAAAAGAAUGUGAAGCUACGAGGAAGGUUAUAUCAAAUAACUGAGAAAGGACUAGAAGUUGAACAUGUUCCCAUUAACCUUCCUUUCUUGUCAUCAUUACAGAGAAAAUGGCAAUCAAAUGGUGUUUUGCUGGUCAGACUUGCUGGAGUGGAGCUGACACCGAAUGCUAUAGUCUGGUUACAGGAAGAGUUAAAACCUUCACAAAUGAUGUGGUUCCAGCUUCUUGGAAGGGAGGAUUUGGUGCUUGAUUGCCUCGUUUUAGUAAAUAAGGGUAGAUUUUUCAGUGUGUGUCUGAAUGAAGAGAUCUUAAGACAAGGACUUGGCAAAACAAUACGUAUUGAAGGACUACAUCAUGACUCUCCAUUUUACUGGAAGCUUCACAAAAGACUACUUCAAGCAGAGCUAAAAGCCCUGAAGAAAAAUAAGGGAAUAUGGAAAGAAGAAACUUACUUUGAAAAACUUAGAGGUCAUAUAAGUAAUAAUACAUUUGUACAGAAAUUAAAACAGUUUGCAAACUGGCUGAGAAUACGUAUUUAAAAGUGAAAUGGGAAGGACUUAGUUGGAAAAAUUCUAUUUGGACAUUCAUGAGUGUCUCUUUGGUGGAUGCUUUUUAUAAAAGAGGAGCUUAUGAAGGGAAACCUAUGCUUUCAUUUUUGAAAAUCCUGCCUAAAGAACAAAUAUAAAAAGUAGUCCCAAUAAUGUCACUUAAAGAGGUGUUCAAAUAUAAUUCCUAUAUCAUAACAAAUUUCAGCGUGAUGUUGCCUGCUAAAGUGUGUUAAUCCUAACAUUAUUCAAAUAGAGGGGCCUAAAGUUAUGUUUCUCAUCCUUAAUUUAAGUUCUUAAAUAAGUGGUCUGAUUUUCAAGAGUGUUGAGCACCCAGAUGACUCCAUUUACCUCAGAGGAAGUUAUUGAAGAUCCUAUUUUUGAAGGUCUAAAAUAUUAGUGCAUGAUGCCACACUUUACUUAACAUAGCAGUGGAAUAUAAUGGUUUUUAAACUGGCUACCCUCGCGGACCAGCGCCCGCCUGCCACCCUGCGCUGCUGUCUCUGGUACUGAAGGACUGCUUAAAACUGAAUAUUAAUUAGAUAUUACUUAAAGAAAAUUACUGUCUUAUCUUUUUGCUUUCUUGGACCUCUGUUGUGCGGAAGUAUUUUUGUCUGAGUCCUAUGUAAGGAAACUUAUGUGCUAUGUUUACUGUUUGUAUGUUUAAAAAAUUCAAUAUGUUUGAAUAAUUGGUUCUGUUGUGUAAUUAAUAGAAAAGGUGAUGUGACACAGCUGAUCUUAAAAAGAAGAGUAUAUAGAAACUUCAACAACAAUAAUUUUAAUUUUAAAACACCGUACAUGAUCAUAAAUUAGUAUAUUAAUAAGCUGCAUAUUGACUUGUAGUAUAAGUACAUUAGUCUAUACAAUUUAAAGAGUUGAAGAAUUUAAAGAUUAUAAUCUGGCAAAGUGAUCUUUUGAAUAUUCAUAGUUUGUUUCUAGAUCCAGGUCAUGUCAAGUGAAUUAGACAUGUUUUGUAGUGCAACCUUAAAAUUAAACAUGGAACAGUAAAUGUC